AUGACGCUCGGCGCGGACCAUCCUGAUACGCUGACAAGCAUAGCCAAUCUGGCAUCGACAUACCGGAACCAGGGCCGAUGGGAAGAGGCGGAGCGGCUCGAGGUGUAUGUCUUAGAGACUCGCGAGAUGAAGCUCGGCGCGGACUAUCCUAAUACGCUGAUAAGCAUAGCUAAUCUGGCGUCGACGUACCGGAACCAGGGCCUAUAG